AGAGACAGAGAGGGAACAGCGGCUGUCAACGCUUGUACGACAGUUCGCGCCAUUUCCGGCACAAACACAAGCAGCAAGGAAAACAUGAGAGGUCAAAAGUUAUGAUCCUGAUCUUUAUCAGAAACGGAACGUAACAAACAGAUAUGGCCAGUUCCGUGGUGGCAGUGGGACUGGCUCUGGCAGCAGCUGGAUUUGCAGGUCGCUAUGCCAUGCAAGCCAUGAAGCAGAUGGAGCCUCAGGUGAAAAUGGCCCUUCAGAGCUUCCCAAAGACGACUUUUGGAGGAGGGUACUAUAGGGGUGGAUUUGAUCCAAAGAUGACCAAGAGAGAAGCUCUCCUGGUUUUAGGUGUCAGUCCCACAGCCAACAAGCUUAAGAUCAGAGAGGCACAUAGAAAAAUGAUGAUCCUGAACCAUCCAGAUAGAGGUGGAUCUCCCUACCUAGCAGCGAAGAUAAACGAAGCGAAGGAUUUAAUGGAUGCCCAAGGAAAGAAAUAGAAGUGGAGAUGCCAGCGAAGACAUAAAUGUGAUUCCACCCAGCUCUUAUACGUGCUGUUGCACUGACUCACUUGAACAAUUACCAGACUAUUCUAACUGAAUGUUCUCAAAUAAAAUCAUGUUGUACAAAUU